AUGCCCCAGACUGUGUUCCCAGCAGCAGGCACCAUGUUCACCCCCAGUGGCUUCAGCCCCCACCUGGCCUCCACCUGCUCUGAGGCUGACCCUGAGGAGGAGGAAAGCCCCAAGGAGGCCCGAGGGCCUGGGGCUUGCCUGGUCGACGGACCCCCCAUUACCUCCGCCUCUCUGGACACUCUCAUCCAGCACCUGGUGCCCACCGCAGACUACUACCCAGAGGUAAACACAGCUAUGAAGGGGCCACUAAUCUACCCUGGUUGUAAUGACCCCAGCCUCAGAAGUAGAAAUAGUAGUAGGAAUAUAAUGUUAAUGAUAAUGGAAAUACUGGAUGUGUUUAACACAUUGUUUCCCUCCACAGAAAGCCUAUGUGUUUAACCCAUUGUUUCCCACCACAGAAAGCCUAUGUGUUUACGUUCCUGCUGAGUGCUCGUCUGUUCAUCACUCCCCCUGAGCUGCUGGCCAGACUCUGUGAGACCUGCAUCAAACAACAGCAGCUGGACCAGAGUCCACUGGACACGGUCAGUACUGCUUACACACACACACACACACACACGCUUUCCAACCCAGUGACUCUGACUGGGUCUCCUCCCAGGCUAAAGUGAGGAAGUUUGGUCCCAAGAUCCUGCAGCUGCUGACUGAGUGGACAGAGACGUUCCCCACAGACUUCAGAGAGGAGAAGAUGGUGGGACUGUUCAAAGAUAUCAUCCACAGGAUAGCACCCUGUGAUGAGGUGAGAGAGGGAGGGAGGGAGGGAGGGAGUAUGAGAGGCCUAACCUUCAUAUGGAGGGAGGAGCGAGAGAAGAGAGAGAGAGAGAGAGAGGAGCUGAGAGAAGAGAUAUUUUUCCCUUCACUAUCUACGAGCGAAGCCUACCUCUUUUGGUAUCUCGGCUCUACAGCAGACUCUUUUUUUCGCUCUAUCGUUCCCUCCACUGGGUCUAGAUCUCUCUCUUUUUCGACGCUUGAGCGAGAAGGAUGGUGUGGUAGACCUGCCUAAGGAUACAGGAGAACGUGGCCCCCAAGGGGGGCCCUUUUUCCCCCCUUUUUUGCCUUUUUUUUUGGGGGGGGGGGGGGGGGGGGGGUUUUUUGGAAAAGGGCAAAAAGGGGGAAUAAAAAAGGGGGGGGGGUUUGAGAAAAAAGGGGUUUAAGGGGGGGGGGGGGUGGGGGAAGGGGGGGGUUGAGGGGGGGGGGGGGGUAAAAAGGGGGGGAGAGAGAAAGAGGGGGAAGGGGGGGGUGAAAAAGGGGGGUUCUUGCAUUCGUUCUGCAGCUUCGGGGAAAGAGAGAGAAAGAGAUGGAUGAUGAUGAAGGAUAAGAGGGGCAUGGGGAUGAGGGGGAGGGGGAGGUAGAAAGGGAUGGAAGAUUGAGAGCAGGAAGGGGAGGAAGAGCAGGGAGGGGAAGUGGAGUAGGAUGAGAGGGGGUGGAUGCAAGGAAGGAAGAAGAGGGAUGGAGAGCGAGCAAGAGGAGGCUGAUGGUGAUGAAUUUGCAGCUAUUUGUGGUUGCAGAGCAGAGCAUGGCCCAGGCAGUGUUCUGGCUUCGGGUCAUUUAUGACACGCUACGGGUGAUUUACUGAGACUCGACCUGCUGGCCCCAACCACCAGCCUUACAGCCAUACAGAUCAGCGGGGGAGGGACACACACACACAUACACACACACACACUGGGGGGAACACAACACACAAAUCAAAUCAAAUGUUAUUUGUCACAUGCGUCGAAUACAACCUUACAGUGAAAUGCUUACUUACAAGCCCUUAACCAACAAUGCAGUUUUAAGAAAGAAUAACAAAAAAAAAAUAACAAAAAAUACAAUAUAAAAUAAUACGAAAUAAAAGUAACAAAUAAUUAAAGAGCAGCAGUAAAAAUAACAAUAGCGAGGCUAUAUACAGGGGGUACCGGUACCGAGUCAAUGUGCGGGGGCACCGGUUAGUCGAGGUAAUUGAGGUAAUAUGUACAUGUAGGUAGAGUUAUUAAAGUGACCAUGCAUAGAUAAUAAACAGAGAGCAGCAGCAGCGUAAAAGAGGGGUGGGGGAGCAAUGCAAAUAGUCUGGGUAGCCAUUUGAUUAGAUGUUCAGGAGUCUUAUGGCUUGGGGGUAGAAGCUGUUUAGAAGCCUCUUGGACUUAGACUUGGCACUCCGGUACUGCUUGCCGUGCGGUAGCAGAGAGAACAUUCUAUGACUAGGGUGGCUGGAGUCUUUGACAAUUUUUAGGGCCUUCCUCUGACACCGCCUGGUAUAGAGGUCCUGGAUGGCAGGAAGCUUGGCCCCAGUGAUGUACUGGGCCGUACGCACUACCCUCUCUAGUGCCUUGCGGUCGGAGGCCGAGCAGUUGCCCAUACCAGGCAGUGAUGCAACCAGUCAGGAUGCUCUCGAUGGUGCAGCUGUAGAACCUUUUGAGGAUCUGAGGACCCAUGCCAAAUCUUUUCAUCAUCACACUCACAGAAGAAAAGGGACACAUGCUCGCAACUGCACGAUGGUGUGAAAGAGGGGUGUGAACUGUGAAGGAGAAGGAUGUAGUCUGGAGAGAUGAUGAUGGUGAUGAUGGAUGAUGAUGAUGAUUGUGAUGAUGAUGAGAAUGGUGAUGAUGAUGAUGAUUGUGAUGAUGAUGAUUGUGAUGAUGAUGAUGGUGAUGAUGAUGAUGAUGGUGACGAUGAUGAGAAUGUUGAUGAUGAUGAUGGUCGUGAUUAUGCUGUGGUGACGAUUUGAUGAGAAGUGUGAUGUGAUGAUGAUGAUUAUGAGGAUGAUGAUUGUGAUGAUGAUGAUGAUGAUGAUGAUUAUUGUGAUGAGGAUGAGGAUGAGGAUGAGGAUGAGGAUGAGGAUGAUGAUGGUGAUGAUGGUGAUGGUGAUGAUGGUGAGGAUUGUGAUGAUGAUGAGGAGGAGGAUGAGAAUGAUGAUGAUGAUGGUGUUGAUCAUGAUUAUUAUUAGUUGUCUAAUCAUUCUAAAGUCUAUAUGUCCUCUCCAGGCGUAUUGGAAGACACUGAACCAGGUUCUGCAGACCCUGAACCAGAAGCUGGCAGCCAUCGCCCAGGGAGAUGAGAGCAUUGUCAAAGUGAAUGCCUCCUCAGUCUCAGACAAGCUGGUGGCCUUCAAGACCAAGCCUCCACCUAUCCAGAAGGACAUGCUGUCUAUCUGCAACGACCCCUACACACUGGCACAGCAACUCACCCAUGUGGAACUGGUAAGAAGAGUGGUAGGAAGGAUGGGAGGAGGGGAUUAAAGGAGAGAUGAAAGAGAAUGAGAUAAGGGUGUGAUGGAAGGGAGAGAGAUGAUGAGAAGAGGAGAGAGGGGGAGGGAAGAGGAAGACAAACAGGCAAAGAGACAGAAACAUGAUGAGAGAGAGAGAUGACACUAAGAGAGAGAGGAAGCAGAGGGGAGAAAUGAAUAGAUACAGAAAUAAAUUGGAGAUUAGGAUAGAUGUAGAAUCAAAAGAGAGAGAGAGAGAGAGAGAGAGAGAGAGAGAGAGAGAGAGAGAGAGAGAGGAGAGAGAGAGAGAUGCAGCACUGAAAUCUUCCAAACAACUGUGUUAGCUUUGAAUGGUCCUCUGUUAGCUAUAGCCUACAGCUGAGUAACAGGCUUUGAAUGGUCCUCUGUUAGCUAUAGCCUACAGCUGAGUAACAGGCUUUGAAUGGUCCUCUGUUAGCUCUAUUCUACAGCUGAGUAACAGGCUUUGAAAUGGUCCUCUGUUAGCUAUAGCCUACAGCUAAGUAACAGGCUUUGAAUGUUCCUCCAUUUGCUAUAUUCUACAGCUGAGUAACAGGCUUAGAAAGGUGCUCUACAGACACAGAAACAAACAGGGCUGAGCAACAAAAGGAGCUCCUACUCUCACUGAUGGAGUGUUGUGUUUGUGUGUGUGUAAGGGCCGUCCUCCGCAGGCCUGAGUAAGCAUGUACUCUGGUCUGAAAAGCGUGAGAUCAUCUCAGAAGUCAGUGGUUUGCCCGGUGCCUUUAAGGGAAUAUAUCCACAGUGGAUAUAUGUGACCUGACAGCUUUACACAAACACACACACACACACACACACACACACACACACACACACACACACACACACACACACACACACACACACACACAAUCUGGGACAUAUUUGUGAAACCCAGACACCACUCAUCUCUUUGCUGCAUUCCUAUCAGUGUGGGUCAAUGUGUGGGUGAAGAUGCACUGUAGCUAUGGGUGAUUCUCUUUGUUGAUAUGACAACAGUGAUAUAGUACAGUUGAAGUCGGAAGUUUACAUACACCUUAGCCAAAUACAUUUAAACUCAGUUUUUCACCAUUUCUGACAUUUAAUCCUAGUAAAAAUUCCCUGUCUUAGGUCAGUUAGGAUCAACACUUUAUUUUAAGAAUGUGAAAUGUCAGAAUAAUAGCAGAGAGAAUGAUUUAUUUAAGCUUUUAUUUAUUUCAUCACAUUCCCAGUGGGUCAGAGGUUUACAUACACUCAAUUAGUAUUGGGUAGCAUUGCCUUUCAAUUGUUUAACUUGGGUCAAACAUUUCGGGUAGCCUUCCACAAGCUUCCCACAAUAAGUUGAGUGAAUUUUGGCCCAUUCCUCCUGACAGAGCUGGUGUAACUGAGUCAGGUUUGUAGGCCUCCUUGCUCGCACAUGCUUUUUCAGUUCUGCCCACAAAUGUUCUAUAGGAUUGAGAUCAGGGCUUUGUGAUGGCCACUCCAAUACCUUGACUUUGUUGUCCUUAAGCCAUUUUGCCACAACUUUGGAAGUAUGCUUGGGGUCAUUGUCCAUUUGGAAGACCCAUUUGCGACCAAGCUUUAACUUCCUGACUGAUGUCUUGAGAUGUUGCUUCAAUAUAUCCACAUAAUUUUCCUUCCUCAUGAUGCCAUCUAUUUUGUGAAGUGCACCAGUCCCUCAUGCAGCAAAGCACCCCCACAGCAUGAUGCUGCCACCCACGCGCUUCACGGUUGGGAUGGUGUUCUUCGGCUUGCAAAGCGCCCCCUUUUUCCUCCAAACAUAACGAUGGUCAUUAUGGCCAAACAGUUCUAUUUUUGUUUCAUCAGGCCAGAGGACAUUUCUCCAAAAAAGUACGAUCUUUGUCCCCAUGUGCAGUUGCAAACCGUAGUCUGGCUUUUUUAUGGCGGUUUUGGAGCAGUGGCUUCUUCCUUGCUGAGCAGCCUUUCAGGUUAUGUCAAUAUAGGACUCGUUUUACUGUGGAUAUAGAUACUUUUGUACCUGUUUCGUCCAGCAUCUUCACAAGGUCCUUUGCUGUUGUUCUGGGAUUGAUUUGCACUUUUCGCACAAAAGUACGUUCAUCUCUAGGAGACAGAACGCGUCUCCUUCCUGAGCGGUAUGACGGCUACGUGGUCCCAUGGUGUUUAUACUUGCGUAUUAUUGUUUGUACAGAUGAACGUGGUACCUUCAGGCGUUUGGAAAUUGCUCCCAAGGAUGAACCAGACUUGUGGAGGUCUACAAUUUUUUUUUCGGAGGUCUUGGCUGAUUUCGUUUGAUUUUCCCAUGAUGUCAAGCAAAGAGGCACUGAGUCUGAAGGUAGGCCUUGAAAUACAUCCACAGGUACACCUCCAAUUGACUCAAAUGAUGUCAAUUAGCCUAUCAGAAGCUUCUAAAGCCAUGAUUUCUGGAAUUUUCCUAGCUGUUUAAAGGCACAGUCAACUUAGUGUAUGUAAACUUCUGACCCACUGGAAUUGUGAUACAGUGAAUUAUAAGUGAAAUAUUCUGUCUGUAAACAAUUAUUGGAAAAAUUACUUGUGUCAUCCACAAAGUAGAUGUCGUAACCGACUUGCCAAAAAUAUAGUUUGUUAACAAGACAUUUGUGGAGUGGUUGAAAAACAAGUUUUAAUGACUCCAACCUAAGUGUAUGUAAACUUCCGACUUCAACUGUAUGUGUGUUUUGUUAGGUUUAUGUACUUUUGAUUUCCGCUGCUUAGCCUCUGCGUACCAGGGGUCAGCUGUUGCUUCAAGGGAAGGUGAUAUUUGUAGAUGAUUCAUGACUUCCUGUAUUGCUUGGCUUCCAUUACAGAGAUUAAUCUAGUUCAUAUGCACUGCCAUGUCGCUCUACUCUGCUCUCUCUGUGUGUUUCAGGAACAUCUCAGUCAUAUUGGUCCUGAGGAGUUUGUCCAAGCCUUCGUUCAGAAAGAUCCACUGGAUAGCACUCAGGUAUAGUAUAAUAAAACUUUGAAAUGUCUUUAUUCUUUUGGAACUUUUGUGAGUGUAAUGUUUACUGUUAAUUUUUAUUGUUUAUUUCACUUUUGUUUAUUAUCAACUUCACUUGCUUUGGCAAUGUUAACAUAUGUUUCCCAUGCCAGUAAAGCCCUUACAUUGAAUUGAAUUGAAUUGAGAGAGGAGACAGAGAGAUAGCGACAGAGAGACAGGGAGAGAGACAGAGAGGAGUCAGAGAGACAGAGAGGAGACAGAGAGAGAGAGAGAGAGAGAGAGAGAGACAGACAGAGGGAGAAAGAGAGAGAGAAAGAGAGAGAGAAAGAGAGAAUGUCCUGAUGUGCAGUAUUGUGUGUUUGUGUCCCAGCAGCCGUGUUUCAGUGACCAGAAGAAGAAGACCACUAACCUGGAGGCUUACGUCAGGUGGUUUAACAGGCUGUGCUACCUGGUGGCUACUGAGAUCUGCAUGGUAAAUGUUUUCACAUGUUAUUCUCUUCAUUAUGGUCCCGUAUUGCUCAUUUGGUAGAGCAUGGUGUUUGUGACAUAAGCGCUGUGGGUUCAAUUCCCGGGGCCACCAAUACCUAAGAAUGUAUGCAUGCAUGACUAAGUCGCUUUGGAUAAAAGCAUCUGCUAAAUGACAUAUAUUAUAUUAUAUUAUAAUAUAUUAUAUUAUAUUGUUAUGCCGGUCUUCCCUCACCGAAGUUGAUGAUUCAGUCAUGGUUCUUUAGUGUCACCUGUUGGCCAUGUAACAUUACUACACUCCUGUACCCCUUGUGAGGCAUUGAUACGUUCUUCCCAGACCAGGGCCUGUAUCCACAAAGUGUCUCAGAGUAGGAGUGAUGAUCUAGGAUCAGGUCCCAACCUGUCCAUAUAAUCCUAUUCAUUAUGAUCUAAAAGGCUAAUCUGAUCCUAGAUACAGGCCCUGGGCCAAAUACUGUAUAUUUUGCAUGUCAUUUCCAUCCAUUAUAUCCCACUAGCAGCCUGUGUGUGUCUCCUCUCAGCCUGCUAAGAAGAAACAGAGAGCCCAGGUGAUUGAGUUCUUCAUCGACGUGGCCAGAGAGUGCUUCAACAUCGGCAACUUCAACUCCCUCAUGGCCAUCAUCUGUGAGUGUCUCGGUUGCAUCCUACAUCAUACAUGAACCAAAUACUGAUAUUUGGCAAUAUACCGAUAUUUGACUUGUGUCUGCUCCUCUAGCUGGUAUGAAUAUGAGUCCUGUGUCUCGGCUGAAGAAGACGUGGGGUAAAGCCAAGACUGCCAAGUUCUUCAUCCUGGAGGUAAACCUCACCAACCAGCACAGCCUUAGAUACCUUGCUAGAAUGUUUAUUAUUUCAUUGUUAUUCUUUUUUUCUUUUUUUUUCUUUGGGGGGACACUCUUGAAAACUAGAGAUUUCAUCCUGCAACAUGUCAAAUAAAUAUAGAAAACAAAUCUGUAACUUUACUGUACCUGUCUAUGUAACUACCAUGUAAAAACAUGCUUUUAGCGCCACUGAUAUAGUAUAUUGUUUUUCCAUCCAGCAUCAGAUGGACCCUACUGGAAACUUUUACAACUACAGGACAGCACUUAGGGGAGCCGUCCACAGGUCCCAGACUGCUAAUAGCAUCAGGGAGAAGGUACAGGCCACCAUUCACUCUGUAAAUACCCUUAUCUGACCCCUACUCGUGCACUGAAACCAAGGACAUGCAUCAUUAACUCUCUCUCUUUUUCUUAGAUUGUGAUUCCCUUCUUCAGCCUACUGAUCAAAGACAUCUACUUCCUGAAUGAGGGAUGUGCCAACCGCUUGCCCAAUGGCCAUGUACAUUUUGCGGUAAGGCUGAAAACUUUGUACUGAUAUAUACAAAUGUGGAUUUUACUCUCUCAAUUCAAUUAAAUUCAAAGGGCUUUAUUGGCAUGGGAAACACAUGUUUACAUUGCCAAAGCAAUCUCUCUCAAUUCAAUUCAAUUCAAUAGACUUUAUUGACAUGGCAUGUAAAAUUACUUACAUUGUCAAAGUAUAGAUAUAACAAAAAUGGUGGUACCAACAGCAAUAAUAAUAAUAGUAGUAGUGGAAAUGGGAUUACCUGUCACGCCCUGGCUCUGGGGACUCUUAAAUGUUGAGCCAGGGUGUGGAUUUUCAUUGUUUAGUUUACUAUGUUUUUGUUCUAGAUCGUUUAGAUCUAUGUUGGCCAGGGUGGUUCCCAAUCAGAGGCAGCUGUAGCUCGUUGUCUCUGAUUGGGGACCAUACUUAGGCAGCCUGUUUUGCACCAGUUAAUUGUGGGAUCUUGUUCCGUAAGGUUUGUUUGGUAUUUAACCUAGGACUUCACGUAUCGUUUGGUUUGUUGUUUUGUUCGUGUUGUGUACUAAAUAAAAUGUACGCUUAUCACGCUGCGCCUUGGUCCGUGUCUUCAUCCGUGGUCCUCUGUAGCUCAGCUGGUAGAGCACGGCGCUUGUAACGCCAAGGUAGUGGGUUCGAUCCCCGGGACCACCCAUACACAAAAAAAAUUAUGCACGCAUGACUGUAAGUCGCUUUGGAUAAAAGCGUCUGCCAAAUGGCAUAUUAUUAUUAUUAUUAUUCAUCCGGUAACGAUCGUGACAUUACCAUUAACAGCAACUACGACAACAAUAUUAAUGAGAAUAACAAUACAUUAAAGCAAUAGUAGUCGACCAAUCUCAACAUGACUGAGAAGACACAUUACAUGGUAUGAAAGCCAAAACAAAACAGGAAAUAUUAUUGACAUUACAUUACACUUUUCACUGGCUGUCCCUCAGGUUGUGGCAGGAGGACACAUAUUUGGCUGCCAAAAUUGCACAUUUAGGCUUUUCACCCAAUAAAUAUUGGAUUUUUUCCUUCCUCUUUUAUAGUUUCAAAUUCUUUGUACUGAAUGAUAAUUUUGGGAAAGAAAGAUUCUCUUAGGUCUGAGUAUUUUUCACAGUGUAAUAGGAAAUGCAGCUCUGUCUCUACCUCUCCCCUGGAGCAGAGUGAGCACAGCCUGUCCUCUCUGGGCAGCCAGGUUUGCCUGUGACGACCGGUCUCUAUAGCCAGACUGUGCUCACUGAGUCUGUACCUAGUCAUUGUUUUCCUCAGUUUUCUAUCAGUCACAGUGGUCAGAUAGUCUGCCACCAUGUACUGUCUGUUUAGAGCCAAAUAGCAUUGAAGUUUACUUUGAUUUUUUGUGGUGUCUUUCCAAUAGGUGAUAUAUUUUUCUUUUUGCUUUGUGAUGAUUUCAUUAGGCCAGAUUUUCUGAGUGCUGUCCUGAGGCUCUAUGAGGUUGGUUUUGGUUAGUGAACUGAGCCUCAGAACCAGCUGGCUGAGGGGACUCUUCUCUUGUUUCAUCUCUUGACAUAGUAGAGCUGUGUGAUGGAAUGUUUUGGGGUCACUUGUUUUUAGAUGGUUGUAAAAUUUGAUGGCUCUUUUUUCUAUUCGAAUAAGGAGGGGGUAUUGGCCCAAUUCUGCUCUACAUGCGUUAUUUUGAGUUUUUCUUUGCACUUGCAAUACAGUCAUGCAAAACUCUGCAUGCAGUAUUUCGAUUGGAUGUUUGUCCCAUUUGGUAAAUUCAGUAUUAGAGAGCGGACCCCAUACUUCGCUGCCAUAUAGAGCAAUUGGUUCUAUAACUGAUUGAAACAUUUUGAGCCAGAUUCUAAUUGGAAUUUUGAUUUUAAUAUUCCUUUUAAUGGCAUAGAAUGCUCUUCUUGCUUUGUCUCUCAGCUCAUUCACAGCCAUGUGAAAGCUACCUGUGUUGCUGAUAUUUAAUCCUAGAUACGUGUAAUUUUUGGUGUGUUCUAAUAGAACUGUGUCCAAAUAGAAUUUAUAUUUGUCAUCCUGAUUUCCGGACCUUUUUUGGAAUAUCAUUAUAUUAGUUUUUUUUAGAUUAACGGUCAGGGCCCAGGUCUGACAGAAUCUGUGCAGAUGAUCUAGAUGCUGCUGUAACCCCUCCUUAGUGGGAGACAGUAGCACCAGGUCAUCUGCGUACAGCAGACACUUGAUUUCAGUGUUGUGUAGGGUGAGACCAGGUGCUGCCGAUUCUUCUAAUGUUUUUGCCAAUUCAUUAAUGUAGAUGUUAAAUAGUGUUGGGCAGCCCUGUUUCACUCCACGUCCCUCUCUCUCGCGCUCUCUCUCUCGCUUUCUAUCUCACUCUCUCACUCUCUCUCUCUCCUUUUUUGAUUUUGUUUUCAGAAAUUUGUGGAGUUGGCUCGUCAGGUGGGAGAGUUUAUGACGUGGAAACAGAUAGAGUGCCCGUUUGAGACAGACAGGAGCAUCCUCCACUACCUCCACACUGCUCCCAUCUUUAGUGAGGACGGUAAGACACACAGUCUCACCUAACAUGAGUCUUCAGUGAGGACAGUAAGACACACAGUCUCACCUAACAUGAGUCUUCAGUGAGGAUGAUAAGACACACAGUCUCACCUAACAUGAGUCUUCAGUGAGGACAGUAAGACACACAGUCUCACCUAACAUUAGUCUUCAGUGAGGACGGUAAGACACAGUCUCACCUAACAUGAGUCUUCAGUGAGGACAGUAAGACACACAGUCUCACUUAACAUUAGUCUUUAGUGAGGACGGUAAGACACAGUCUCACCUAACAUGAGUCUUCAGUGAGGACGGUAAGACACACAGUCUCACCUAACAUGAGUCUUCAGUGAGGACGGUAAGACACAGUCUCACCUAACAUGAGUCUUCAGUGAGGACAGUAAGACACACAGUCUCACCUAACAUGAGUCUUCAGUGAGGACAGUAAGACACACAGUCUCACCUAACAUGAGUCUCUGAGACGGUCACACACACAUCUCACUACAUUCUUCUGACGUACACUUCACCUACUGUCUUCAUGAGACGUAAGCCAAUCACCUACAGUCUUCAUGAGAGUAAGAACCCACUAACAGGUUUGUGAGGACAGUGGAAAGACACCAGGUCUACCAAUGAUCAGUGAGGCAGUAAGACCAUAUGUCAGCCUAAAUCAGUCUGAUGUACCUAAGAUCCAUGAUGUCUCUAAUGUCUGAUUAGCUAAUGUCGACAGAUGGAAAGCACUCAGGUAUGACAGAUAUCAGUGAUGUAGUCUAAUGAGCCAGUGAUGUAGCCUAAUGAGUCAGUGAUGUAGCCUAAUGAGUCAGUGAUGUAAUCUAAUGAGUCAGUGAUGUAGCCUAAUGAGUCAGUGAUGUAACCUAAUGAGUCAGUGAUGUAGCAUAAUGAGUCAGUGAUGUAACCUAAUGAGUCAGUGAUGUAGCCUAGUGAGUCAGUGAUGUAAUUUAAUGAGUCAGUGAUGUAACCUAAUGAGUCAGUGAUGUAGCCUAAUGAGUCAGUGAUGUAACCUAAUGAGUUAGUGAUGUAGCAUAAUGAGUCAGUGAUGUAACCUAAUGAGUCAGUGAUGUAACCUAAUGAGUCAGUGAUGUAGCAUAGUGAGUCAGUGAUGUAAUCUAAUGAGUCAGUGAUGUAACCUAAUGAGUCAGUGAUGUAGCCUAAUGAGUCAGUGAUGUAACCUAAUGAGUCAGUGAUGUAACCUAAUGAGUCAGUGAUGUAACCUAAUGAGUCAGUGAUGUAACCUAAUGAGUCAGUGAUGUAGCCUAAUGAGUCAGUGAUGUAACAUAAUGAGUGGCAUAGUCUUAGCUUAUUUAAACCACCUGUGUUUUCCCUCCUAUCUUUCUCCAGGUCUAA